CAGUAGUAGAGGUCAGUGGUUACUACUCAUACGCUGCGUGCUAAGUGCAACUGACAAGCCCUCCCUACAUUUAUCGCCCUUUCAGUGUGUGUGUGAUGAUGAUAUGUUGCAAUUUUGAUUUAUGAGCGCCAGCUGUGAGGAGAUAUUGCAUUGAAGAAUUUGAGAAUCCUAGUUGAGAGAUUUUCCUCCCUGACGUGACUGACAAGAGGAGAAGAGUAUUGAUUUUAUUAGAGUUGACUCUGUUUGUCUUCUUUUGAGACUGAAAUCGCUGAACCAGCCACCAUGAGUAACCUGAGAGGAGUAAACUAUCAAUAUGCCAAUCAGCAGGCUAGCAAGAGCCACAGCAAGAUCAACGUUUUUAAUGAAAAGGAUCUAUUAGCCAAACAGCCAGAGGCCACUCCAGACGACGGGGAUGUGCGCCCCGUCAUAGCCAAGGCCGAGACCCUGGAUGUGCCUAAGGAACUCAUUCGUGGAUUCAUCUCUGGCAAGAAGAACCCUGUCAUGGCAUUCAACGAGUUCUGCCAGUUGCAACGCCUGACCCUGGCGUUCGAGGAGGUGGUACCAGAGGGAACUAGGGGAAUGAUCACUUGCAACUUUGCCAUGGUGGCCAAAGUGGAUGGCAAAAGGUUUCCACAAGGAAAGGGGAGAACAAAGAAAGAUGCUAAAUCAGCGGCAUCUCGCAUUGCGAUGAGAGCCUUCCUAGGAAUGGACGAUGAAGAUGCUGAUAGACGUGAUGCUAAGGGAGCAAGGGAAUCGAAUGCUGUUAUGUUUGAAGAUGAACCGAUCGCUCCAGCCCCAAGGGUAACGUUUGGUGCCUCUGCAACGAGCAAUGAGCCUCUGGUUCAUGGAGGCUCCGGGGGACACUACCAGAUGAACUAUGAGUCGGCCAGGCUUCCAUCAAAAGACAUGUGGAAGAUCCCAGAGAAGCAGGAAACAUUCAUGGAGUAUCAGCUCAGGAAACAGGCACAGCCAAAUCAACAAAUGGCUGCAAGUGGUUCAGGUGACAGUGUAAGACCAGCUUCGAGGCCUGCACCCCAGCCGCAAACCCCUUCCUCUCAACGGAACGGCUCUGCUCCUGAAACCAUGAGGUUUCCACAGAGUGUCCCUAUGGCAGCCAGGGCUUGGUCCACACAGCCUGGUCAGGGUCCACAGCCCCGCAUGCCCAGCCAACCAGGACCUCGUCUACCACAGACCAGCGGUGUCCCUAUCACACAGCAGCAGCAGAUGCGGCCUUCUGCACCCACUCAACAGCAGAUACGACCUUCUGCACCUACACAACAACGGGUACCACAGAGCCAAGUGCAGCAACAGCAACAGCAGCAGCAGAGUGGAGGAUUUGGAAGCACUCAGUUUAGUGCAGAUGGAACAAGCACAGAUGCUGAUGCUCUUGCUUCGAUCGCAAGGAACAUUCCGAGAGUGGGACCUCCGUUUCCAGGAUCUGGAACUACUGCCGCUUCUCCCUCAUAUGCUGCAUUCAUCAUGAAGUUAGGGCCUUCGGAUAAAGGAAAACUUGUAGCCUUGGGAACGGGGAAUGGCGUGGCCUCUGGAGCAACCGUCACUCAAGAUGGUAGAACAGUUCUCGACUGUCAUGGAGUCGCUAUCGCAAGACGAGGCCUUCAAAGAUAUUUGUACCAGCAACUGAAGCCCUUUUUUGAAGGUGAUUACCAGAAGACGAUAUUCACCAACCAACAGGGAGGCCCUCUAGUGUCCUUGAGAGAAGGUGUCACGUUCCAUCUCUACCUAAACCAAGCACCUCCUGGAGAUGCAGCAAACUAUUUAAAUGAACCGAGCGAUGAUCCACCUCUGAGCGACGUUGAUAUGUAUCUUAAGCAAGGAGGUGCUCAUUAUCCAACUUUCAAAGUAGAUGCCGGGCAUGGCACUCUAUCUUCUGUCAAUUCUCACAUUGGGUUAGAUGGUAUAAAGACAGAGGGUGCAAUACAUUUCAUGUCAUCCAGUGACAAGCUACUAAGAUGGAAUGUGCUUGGUCUACAGGGUGCCUUACUUAGCCAUUUUAUACAUCCAGUCUACUUGGAGUCCAUUACCCUAGGAAGCAUGUAUGACCAUGGUCACCUAACGAGGGCGCUGUGCUGCCGAGUGGACAACAGCAUCACAGGAACGCUUCCUUCAGGCUUCUCUCUUCACCAUCCUCUCAUCGCUCGGGUUUCUCAACCUCUUAGAAUCCAAAAUGGCCUCCAGCCGGGCAUCAGCGUGAACUUCUCCAACGACGACAGCAUGUAUGAAGUCUUGGACUGCGGGAAAGGACGUGCACAUCAAGUAUCUCCAUUCAAGAGUGGCACUCUAGCAGCCAGUCGGCUCUGUAAGGCAGCGUUCUUCUUCCGAUUCCGCAGCACCGCUACCCUUGCCAAGAGAGAUGAUUUGAUGUUUGCCUCCAACUUCCAAGAGGCUAAAGAUUUGUGUGCUUGUUACCAGCAAGCCAAGCGGCUUUUCAAAAUGCAUGUGGAGGGCAAAGGUUAUGGACACUGGUUCACUGCACCCAAGGACGUCAAUCACUUUGUCAAGUAGAUUAUUGUGAGAUGCUUCACACCAACAUGCUAGAGUCUGAAG